UAAGAUUACGCCACGAACCCACAAAUUUCGACAAUUCUAGUAAACUCUAUUUCUCGAACAACAACACUAGUGAUACAAAAUAAGAUACCGACGUCUUUUUUCGCCAACAAAUUUAUCGAUAAAAAGUUCUCCGAAAAAUGGGAGACAAAGCAAACGAUGAGUACUUCUUGGAGUAUAAUGAAGAUGACGAAGUUCAAUACGACGAUGUCGAAAAUAAUGAUAGUGACGAUGGUAGCGAUGACGAUGCAAGUCGUAACUCUACGCGUUCUUCAUCCCAUUUCUCCUCUCGUCAAUGGCCGCAGAGUUACAAGCAGACAAUUGAUUCAUAUUCAAUCACAGCAACACCAAAUUUCGGACUCCUUAGAUCUCCUUCUACCACUAUAUAUUCAUCCUUAUAUGAUAUUGGUAUCGAAAGUAACUUUGAUGCUGAAGCAAAAGCUCGGUUGCUAUCCGAAUGUGAAAAACUUUAUAGCAAAGAGAAUCUUGAAAAGAUCACAAGGAAGAUAUCAACAUGGUCAGGAAAGGGUUCUUUACACGAGCAACUUGGAGAACUUCCCAUUAGCCAUGGAUGCAGUGUUACUCAGACUGUAUUCAAUGCGGUGAAUGUUAUGGUUGGAGUUGGGCUUCUUUCUACACCAUAUACAAUUGCACAAGCUGGUUGGGCGGGAUUGGGAAUGCUAGUUGUGUUUGGUGUUAUAUGUUGCUACACUGCUUCACUCAUGAGGCAUUGCUUUGAGAGUAAAGAAGGGAUUCUUAGUUAUCCGGAUAUUGGAGAAGCUGCAUUUGGAAAAUAUGGGCGCCUCGUCAUAUCUAUUGUCUUGUAUACCGAGCUUUAUUCAUAUUGUGUGGAAUUCAUUAUAUUAGAAGGAGACAAUCUCAAUAGUUUGUUCCCUGGAGUGUCCUUAAAUCUGGGUGGUUUUACUCUCGACUCCAUGCACUUGUUUGCAAUUGUCACUGCUGUCAUUCUUAUACCUACUGUCUUGUUGAAGAAUGUCCGAGUAAUUUCAUAUCUAUCAGCUACUGGGGUAUUGGCUACAGUUGUGGUUAUCUUUUGUGUGUUUUACCUUGGGACAGUGAAUGUUGGGUUUCAUGAAAGUGGGCCCGCAGUUAAAUGGAAUGGUGUUCCGUUUGCUUUGGGCAUUUAUGUCUUUUGCUAUUCUGGACAUUCUGUGUUCCCAAAUAUAUACCAGUCAAUGUCUGACAAGACCAAGUUUAGCAAGGCCAUGGUAAUAGGUUUUUCAUUGAGUGGGGCUAUGUAUGGGGCUGUUGCAAUAAUGGGGUUUCUCAUGUUUGGUGAAAGUACCUUGUCUCAAAUAACAUUGAACAUGCCAGAUAAUGUGAUUGUUUCAAAACUUGCUUUGUGGAUAGUGGUCAUCAACCCGUUCACCAAAUAUCCUUUUAAUGAUGAUAACCAACUAGGAAUAGAAUUAAAAUCCUCCUUUUUAGUUUUUAAUUUCUAUAUCGUUUUAUUUCACUUGUUUCCUUGACAUUCUAUAAAUAUGCUUUGCUUAUGAAUCCAUUGGCUAGUGCCAUAGAAGAGCUGUUACCUGCAAGAGUCUCGAGUAGCACUUGGUGUUAUGUUCUUCUCAGAACAGCACUAGUCCUCUCUACAGUCUGUGUUGCAGUUCUCAUUCCUUUCUUUGGUGCUGUGAUGGCAUUGAUGGGAUCACUCCUAUGUGUAAUGGUGGCAAUAGUAUUGCCAGCUUUGCUGUUUCUGAAAAUUCAAGGAAAUAAGGCAACAACUACACAGAUUGCUUUGAGUAUUUCCAUUAUUGUGGUGGGUAUCAUGAGUGCUCUCGUGGGGACUUAUUCGUCAUUAUCCAGUAUUGUUACGGAAUAUUGAGGACAUUUUUUGGGCCCACAAAGAUGUGAUUCGUCAUUGUUUUAAGGCAAAAUAGUUGUAGGAGGUUUUAUUGGUAGCUACCGAGAGGUUAUAUUAUAUGAUUGUCAUUGAAAACAGCUCAAUUUUAUCACUUUUUUUUUGGUUCCAUGUAACAAAUUCAAUUUACUUGGUAUAUGUUAUGUUUCUAUAUAAAAUUUGGUCAUUAUGAGUGGAUAACACUUCGUACAUUUAGGUGAUAGCUAAUAUGAAUUUCUUAAAGUUUGAUAAAAUAUUCAAGUUG